CCUCCCCUUUAAGAAAAAAAAAUGUCUACCAAUGAUUGUUAAAUUGUUUGUAAACACUGUUACUUUACUAUGAAAGACCUAGACGACACUGAUCAUCAGCGUUCGGAGCGAUCUUCAGUUGUUAUGGGUAGUGACCUGAACCUUUAUAAUUCUCACAAAGUGGAUCCGCAACAUAACAGGUUUCCACAUUGCAUAGUAUGGACACCUAUACCAUGUCUAACAUGGCUGUUACCAAUUAUUGGGCACAUGGGUAUCUGUACAUCAACUGGAGUUAUCAGAGACUUUGCAGGUCCAUAUUAUGUCUCGGAGGAUGAUAUGGCAUUUGGUAAACCAGUAAAAUAUUGGCAGCUGGAUCUGCUCAAAGCCAGAAAUGGUAAAGAAUCAUGGGACAUGGGUGUGGCUGAUGCCUCGGAAGAAUAUAAACAUCGGAUGCAUAAUCUUUGCUGUGAUAAUUGUCACUCCCAUGUGGCCAUGGCCUUGAACCUAAUGAACUACAAUGGGAGUAGCAACUGGAACAUGAUCAAACUGUGUUUUCUGAUGUUGCUUCAUGGAAAAUAUAUCAGUUUCUGGGGCAUCGUCAAGACCUGGCUUCCUUUUCUCAUCCUAGCUGGAGUUGUGGUGGUCAUUGUGGUUGUCACCAAGGGAGUCUGACCAAGGCAGAUUUUUUAUAGGCUGACUUAGUUAGUGCCAUUUUAAAGUCAGGACUUUCUUUUUUAUCUCAUUCCAAAGAAGAAGGACUUAUUUGUGAUGUUUGGGACUCAUUUGUGAUGUCAGACAUUUUACUUCAUAGAUUGUUUGUUUUUAGCCCCCCCCCCCCCCCCCCCCACCAACUCCAUGAGUAAUUCAUAAAAUAAAAUGAAUGUAAAGAAAUGAUCACAUGACUUAUUUCUCAGAGAAAAUGCUUUCAAAUAAUAAGAGUUAAAAUAGAUUACCAGUUAAGUAAGUUGUUAAGUUUCUUUUCUAGCAUAACAAAAAACCCCUCCCUUGCGCCCCCCCCCCCCACCUAAAAAAAAAACAACCUGAUGUCUAGGUUGUUGUGUGUUAUUAUUAUCCUAACAGGAGAAAAUAGUUUUUUAUAUUAAGAGGGACCACGACAGACUCGUUUAAACUAACAUUUGAUUAGUUUUUAGGCUUUAUUAUGCAAAUAAUAUACAUUUUGUAUCUAAAUGUUUAUGCAUAAUAAAUUUUGUUCAGUAGGCUUGCUUAAUAACAUCAAUAUAUUUAUACUUGAUUAAUUAUGAUAAGACAAAAUAAAGAUCGAAUCAUUAAUUUUUGCUUAAGGCUAGCUGUACUGCAAAGAAUUAAAAUAAGAUGCAAAAAAUAUUCUAGAUUUAUUUAGAAUGUAAUAAUAUAUUCUCUUACACUGUCAAGGGUAUCAAAUAAAUAACAGAUGAAAAUGAAAAAUGUAUUAAUCUAAAAAUAAAACAUUUAAUCCUGCUUUUGCAUACUAUAAUAAUAAUGAUGGCAUUUUCACAUAUCCCUUAGUCUUUGGGAACUACUCAUGACAGAACAAAGAUAGAAUCGAACAUACAAAAUGAAUUCUUUUACAAAGCCUAACGAAAUUUCAUGUUACAGUUUUAUCUUUAUGAAAAUUACAGAUAUUUUGCUUUUCUUUUAAAUAUAUCAUGUAUUGAUCUUUAACAUUUCUUUGAAUUAUAUUCUAUGUUAAAAUUCAGCUAGACUUUACAAUAAAGUAAUUGUAAGAGUUUUGAACAUAAAUCUAAGUUUUAGUCUUUCUGUGACAUAAUGGCGUUUUUCACAAUUGUAAAUUAUUAAUUUUUUUUAUGCAAAACAUUUCAUUUCAUUUUUGUUUUUUUGAAGUGUGCUUUGUUACUUCUUGUAUUCUCUUCAUAAUUUAUAACAGACCUUAUCAAAUUCUGGGGAAAGUUUGCAAAUAUUUUCUUUCAAAACAAAGAUCUGCAAAGUUGUAAUCCAGAUGAGGAUUGACAUUUCUUAGUUAAAAUUUUAUUAUUUAUUAUAUUUUUAUUAUAACUUGUGUUUACCUAACUUUAAUCUGGGUAUGUGUAAAAGUGGUUAGUCAUUGUGCAAGCUACAUAACACCCUUGUUAUCAAUCAAACACAAAAAAAGCAAACCUUCCCAUUGUCAUACCCAUUAUAUUUAGUUGUUUUGUGAUCUUCUGCAUAAUCAUUUUUCUGACAUUGUAUGUAGAUAGCCUCCAUGUUGUUUGUAUGACAGUUUUGAAAUGUACAUAUUACAAUAUUGUGAUUGAAUUAACAUUCUUUGAACUUUAUUUGUGUGUAUUGAAUAAACAUUGCUUUGUUACACCAUUA